GGUUGUUUUGUUAUUUUCUUUGUGACUUUGUGCUGCAUUGCAGUUUUUGUUGGUAAUUUGGCGUGCAGUUUUCAUACUUUCAUACUCGUCCUUUGCCAACUGUGUUUUAUGAAGCUCCACCUCCUUUAACAUUUCUAGCCUCGCCCCUGCUGUGUCCCGCUUUGACCUCAAGUUAAAACUGCACUCGUCAAGCCACAUCACAGGAAAACAUUUUUUGAUUGUGUUGUCAAACCUGCUUUCAACAUCCAAAGGUGAUUAAAAACUUGCAAGGACUUGACUGUCUCAGUGUUUUUAGUUAAUGUCAUAGUGACUCUUUUCUCGAUAUCUUAGAAAAGCUUUCAAAGUGGGUUUUUGAGAAGUUUAUUUCUGAAUAAAAAGCAAACCAGUGAAAAUGGAUUCACUAUCUGCAAAGGAAAUGUCUUGUCCAAUUUGCUGUGAAAUCUUCAAGGCUCCUGUUCUACUAUCAUGCAGUCACAGUUUCUGUAAAGAGUGUCUUCAACAGUUCUGGAGAACCACGGAAACUCAGGAGUGUCCUGUCUGCAGGAGAAGAUCCUCGCGAGAUGACCCUCCAUGUAAUCUUGUGUUAAAAAACUUGUGCGAGUCGUUUCUGAAGGGGAGAGAGAAGAGCCGUUCAUCAGGGUCUGAGGACGAGGUCUGCAGUUUACACAGUGAGAAACUCAAACUCUUCUGUCUGGAGGACAAACAGCCUGUGUGUUUAGUGUGCAGAGAUUCACAGAAACACGUCAAGCACACAUUCAGACCCAUCAGUGAAGUGGUUUCAUCUUAUAAGGAAGAGCUGAGGUUUUUACAAGAGAAACUUAAACACAGAGAGAAAAUUAAAGGAGAGUGUGUGAAAACAAUACAACACAUCAAGUCUCAAGCUGAGCACACAGAGCGUCAGAUUAAACUGGAGUUUGGAAAGCUUCAUCAGUUUCUCAGAGAUGAAGAAGAAAUUGCAAUCACUGCACUGAGGGAGGAAAAGCAGAGGAAGAAUCAGAUGAUGACGGAGAAGCUUGAGGAGAUGAACAGACGCAUAUCAUCUCUUUCACACGCAAUCAAAGACAUGGAGGAGAUGAUGAAUGCCAGCGAAGUCUUGUUUCUAAAGAACUUCCCAGUCACAAUGGAAAGGCUCCAGAGCUCACAGCCGGACCCACAGAUGGCUUCUGGAGCUUUGAUUGAUGUGGCACGUUACUUGGGCAACCUGCAGUUCAGAGUCUGGAAGAAGGCGCAAGGCAUUGUCCAAAACACUCCAGUAAUUCUGGAUCCAAAUACAGCUCAUCCAGAUCUCCUCUUGUCUGAUGAUCUGACCAGUCUGAGAUGCAGUUCGGACAGUCAGGCGCUUCCUGAUAAUCCAGAGAGAUUUGACGAGCAUUCCUGUGUUCUGGGUUCAGAGGGGUUUAACUCGGGAACACACUGCUGGGAUGUGGAGGUUAAAGAGAGCUCGUCCUGGGCUCUGGGAGUAACUACGGCAUCAAGCCAAAGGAAGGGAUGUGAUUUCUUUGACACUGGUGUGUGGAGUGUGCAGUACAGACUGUUUGAAGAGUCUGGUUUUCCUGUCCAACAGAAGCUUGAGCGGGUGAGAGUUCAGCUGAACUAUGACAGAGGAACGGUGUCAUUCUCUGAUCCUGUAACUAAAACACAUCUGUACACGUUCACAACCACCUUCACUGAGAAUGUCUUUCCAUUCUUCUAUAGCUUUUCCCAUCUGAGGAUCUUACAGUUGAAUUGUUUGUAAAAGUUAUACCUGUACAUCCACAGCUAACAAAAAUAAGUUCUAAGACUGGUUUAGCAACAUUCCCAUUAAGUUGUGAAUUUAAUGAACGCCACCGAAAAAUGUCUCAGUUCAGAGAUGGAAUCAGCUCACUACCGGCUUUGAACAAUUAAUUGACCAAGUAAGUCUGAUUCAAACCUCCAACUCCCAAGCAAGUUCAGCCUGUCCCACUUGCAGUUUUCGUGUGAGUAGAAGUUUUUAAUUAGGCUACCUGAUGGGACACACUUCUAGUUUUACUCUGGUUUUACACAUUUUUAUUUCCAGCAGCUACUUUGCACUUAAACUACUAAAUCUCUGUUAAAUCUUUUAAAAUAAACUUCUAAAUCACU